GUCGUGACGCUUCGUGUAAGAAGGAAAUUGUAUAAUCUCAUAGAUAGGAACCUCUUCCACCGCUGUCAUAUUAUAGGCAAUCAAAUCAUGUAUUGAGGAAGUGAAGAUUAAAACAACUUGAAAUGCUGAUAAUUGAGCUCCAUUUAAGGUGACCACGUUGUUUUAAAGAUAUUUCAGCCCGGAAUAAUACUUUCCACCUGCUAAAUCAUAUAAUUAUACUGUUGUAUAAAACCAUGCCUAUAAAAGAUAUGCUUCAUUAAAGUCACAGUCACAGAACUGGUUCACAAUUGCAGAAAACAAUAGAUGCCAGACUUAAUACAAAGCUGGCAAAAAAGCAACUUCAAAAUGAACAAAUCUUUAGGCUUGUAUAAACGAGUGAGUAUAUUCUUUUUUAAAUUUAUCUUAAAUAUAAAGAUUCGUUACUAAAAUAUGCUUUAUUUCGCAUUCUAGAAGCCCUUUCUGCUUAUCUCUGGAAAAUUACAAAGUGAUCAUGAUACCGCGAAAAAGAAUUGAGUCUCCUUGGGCGUUUUCUUUCUGUUAAUUAGACUAUUUUUAAUUCGUAAAGUGUAAUAAGAAUAAUCCGUUAAUAACACCUAGUUCUUUCGCGCUAUAUAUAACUUAAUCAACGCAUCAUUUCUUGACACUGUAUUGAACGUUGGAUCAUAAGCUGAACGCCUAAACUGUUGAAAUAAUAAUCAAAAUUCGUAGGGCCUAAUUUGAAUUUGAUUUUUGGGUAGCCGACUUUAAAAGUAUAACUUAUCACAACUUCUUCAUUCUUACAGCGAGUAAUAAUAGUAAUAUUUAAUUUUUUAAUGUGGACUCUUAAUGAGAAAGCCACCCUCACUUACCCUUGUGCUACAAGGAUUAAGUUUUUUACUGCUUCUUUUAGCUGUAAUUUGCAUCCUGUUGUCAUUGUAAUAGGAUUUUCGCAUGCUAGGGAGGCCAUUUAUUUUUAUAGUUUAUUGUAGGAUUCGGCUCGCAUGCAGUGCCAGGGUGUCGAUAUACCUAUUUCUAUAGUAUUUCAGUUAACACUUGAGUGCACUUCAGUGGAAACUUUACCGGUUUAAAUAUACUGUUUGUAUAUAUUAAGCGUCGGUGUGCGUUUGUUUGCCAACAACAGCUAUUUUUAAUUCGUUUUCUCAUUAUUUUCUUUUUCUCAUCGACCCUCAUCAACUGUUCAACUCCCAAAAGGCAACCAAAUUAAAACAGAAAGUGAAAUUUUGAAAGUUUAAAUGUCGCUUUGUAAGAUAUGGGAUAUUAUAUAGGGCGUGUUAGACUGGCCGUAUUCCGAAAUAAGAAUAGGUGGAUUAAAAUUUAGAAUCCCUUUUUUGGAAUUAAUUGGAUUACAAUAUCUAGAAAUCUGCUUGAAAUAAAAUAUUCCGAUAUAUGUAGAGUUUAAAUGGUCCAAAAAUCAUGGCAGAAGAGAUUUGUAACAAACGAAACUUUUGCGUAUUCUUAUUCCAGAAUACGAUCAAUCAAACGCACCCAUAUAAAUAACACAACGCAACUUGACCAUAAAAGUUGCUGAGUAAUAUUCGCUUUUGCUGGAGUCUCAGGGUGCCAAGUAGCUUUCAACUGAAUGGUCACACUUUAGGAUUUUACCUAGAGGCUCAAAAGUUAGAACCACUUUGUACAGAAUAAUAAACAGUAGCACAGCACAGUACUCCUCAAUACUGAGCUUUCAUUUGAAUGGUCACACUUAAGGAUUUCAUCCACAGACUCAAAAGUUAGAACCACCUUGUAAAGCAUAAUAAACAGUACCACCGGAGAGUACUGCUCAGUAGCGUUCAUUUGAAUGGUCACACUUAAGGAUUCCACCCAAGGACUCAAAAGUUACAACCACUUUACUUAAUAAUCAUUCCAUGCUGUUUCGUGACAAUAUGUGCUUUAACAGAAAGUACAAAUUCGUACUAUCUCAUUGUAUUUCUUUACUAACAGGUUAUUUUCGUCCUGAGCUUCCUGUCAUGCGCUGUCUCCCACGUGAAAAGCCAUCCCAAUAGAGCACUAGCCGAUUCUGAAUACACCUGGUUCCCGAAGGAUGCCGAAGAUGACAUCGAUUUCCGACGUUUUCCAUAUAGUCGUGAACUGUCUGAAGACGAGUUUGAGGAAUUGGACGAUGAAAAUUUGAACGACGUUGAAUCGUACGAUGAGAAACGCAGUAGUUUUGGGCUUCCUUCAGUCACAAGCUACCAAAGAGACCCGAACUCUGUAAGCAUACCUUGCUUUAAACUUUACUUGUAAUACACUUUACUUGAAUGACUCUUACUUCACUGUUUUUCAUCAUUUGAACUCGGAUCCGCUGAAAGAAAAGCAAUGAAAGGACGUUUAGAAUGAAAGGAAGUUUAGAAUGAUAACAAAUAAUGUUGGCUACUGCUUUAAAGUUUUUAACUGAUUAGCCCGAACUUCAGACAAUCCUUCGAGUCGCACACUCAGUUGCUGAGGGUAGUAACAGCUAGGAAAAAUAAGUCCUAUCUCGGAAUCAAAAGUUUUCAACUGAAAACAUGUUUUCGGUCAGUAAUUUGGCUAUCCUUUCAAUUUAAGGCGAUGCAAAGAUCGUUCAAAAACGAAGAAGGAUAUUAUCUGAUUGAAGGCGCUGGGCAUGAAGUAAAAGGAACAAAGAAUCUAUCAACAUGUAACACCAAUGGUAAGUGUUCUUUUUAUUAAAGGAGGCUAAGCCCUCUACCAAUCACAAAAUGAUUAAACUUCUAACAUGAUUUGAUAACUUGUUUCCGCCACUAUCGCUAAACCCGUAGUAGAAUGGCAACAGCUAUCACGUUUUCCCGCCAAAACGACGCUGGUUCACGCGCGCGCAGUGUUUAGUAUAGAGAAUAUCUCGUUCUCGUAGUUGUCGUCUUAGAAUCUAAGGGUCUCUACUAAAAGUGAGAACUGUAUUUCCGGAUCGGACAUUUUGGUUAUGAAACAGGCUUUUACGCGAGUUUUCGCUAAAAAACGUAUCUCUGCAGUUCUAUAAACAUAGCCAAUUAGAAAUUUAGUACUAUAUUUAACAGUUUCGAUGUUUGACAGUCACCCUUUUAAAAACUAAAUAAAGCGAAAGAUGUGCAUGCUAAGAGUCUGAAAUAGGCUCCAGUAAGAGAUUGAUCUCCAACCCAACCAGCGGGAAAGAGAGGCCUUUUUCUUUCUUGCGUGGUUUGCAUAAUUAACACCAAUGGAAACUUUCACGUGAACUACAAAACUGUAUUUCUCAAGCUUUGUUUAAAGAAUUCUCUAAAUUUACAUAAUAUUAUUCUAGCCGAAUGAAUCGAGCACUAAUAACAACUGAACUGGUUUGGUCAGCCAGUUCUACAGGUAAUAUUAAGCGCCCUAAAAUUGGGGGAAAACACGAGAAAAGCCCUGUCCCGCGACAGAAUGUUCAGAAUUCUUGUCCGUGAAAUUCACUGUGCUUGACAAACGUCCACACAAAUAUGGGCUUCUGGUCACAGACGUCAGAGAUCAACAAACCACAGCAAUAUCUACAGUCGAAUCUCUCCAUAAUAGCCAGAGGGUCAAGGUUAAUAACUAAAGUGGAGGUUACAAGAAAGGUUAUUGCGCGAGGGGCGAUUGUAGCAAGGUGGCCGUUGCAAGAGGUUAAAAUAACAGUGAAUGUAUCCGCGGAAACGAAAAACUUGGCUUCUGCCAUUUGUAAUAUGGCUGUUGAACCUGAUUAUCGCGGUAGAUACCGAAGACAAGCAAUGUAGUCCUGACUUAUGAAUGAAAUACCGCGAGACGACAUUCAUUUCAUAUGUAGAUGAAAAUUUGAAAUUUGAACAUUGAGUAGGGAAACUCUUCAGCUAGUAGCGAAAAAAAAAACAGAUUACACAAGGUGUAUUAUUUACCAACUAAAUAAUGUUAUUACCAACUAAUAACAAUUUAUUGACCAACGAAAGAGUGACACCGGUCUUUCAGGGUCGGCCAGGGUUUUUGUAUAUACAAUAAAUUGAGGUAUUUAAUUUCAGGUAUACAGUAUUUUUUGCUAAAAAUUGGGUAUAAAGUAUUCUCUCACGACCAAUUUUGGGUAUAAAGUAUAUCGUGUUUUUCUUAAUUAUGGCAUUUUACACGAGUUUUAGUGUAAUUUUUGGUAUAUCAGAUUGGAAGGUUUAUUUCGUGUACACUUUUGGUAUUCCACUACCCCCCAUCCUGGUCUUUCGAGACAGGAUCUUGCAUCUGCAUGCAAUGGUCAACAGACGGAAAAUCAGUGCGGGUCCGCCCGAAAUAGAUAGAUAGAUAGAUAGAUUAUUUACCUAUUUGUGGUUGUUCUUUUUGUUACAGGAGUCUUUUCGGUUGGAAAAACUAUUGGCGGGAAAAAUUUCAUUAAGAGCCCGACCGGAUGGUACUUGGCAAUAGACUCCAGUGGGAACGUUUACAUGAAGGUGAGAUACGUUAAUCAAACUGUUUCAAAAGUCCAUUGUUCGCAGUCCUAUGUAAAGCGUUUUCAUUCACGCAGCCAUUCACGUGACGUUUCAGCCUCAGCACUUCAUCAGAGCAAACCCAUAUCAAUCAAUAAAAAAGUCUUCUUCCUGUUUCGCCAAUAAAUAUAUCUUUUUUCCAUAGUACAUAUUAAGUUAUAUGCAACAGAUAAUAUUUUUGAAGGUGCAUGUGGAAAUAGUCACUGAUUUUAAGGCACAGUUUAUGCGGGAAAAAAUUGUCCUGGGUAGAGGGUUUCCUCGCCUACCCGAGCUACCCUGGGCGAGUAAACUUUUCGAGCAUUUCCUUACAAAACUUGGCGAACCAUUCACAUAUGGAAAAAGUUGGCUCGGCUAGAUGGGUCAUCCACUUAGCCAUAUCACCCGUACCAACCUUUCUCCAUGCAUAGAGCAUGCGCGAGCACUGUUGCCAGCUCUUGGCUCGCGCAAAGGGGUCAACUUUUUCCCAGGUAAACGCUUGCUAAAGUUGGCUUGGCUGGGAGGGUGACCAUCCUUCCAAGAACAACUUGUCCUCACAUAGACGGGAUCUAAAUAAGGCCAGUUGAUUAUCACCGACCCGAUACCCGAUACGGCCUGAAACAUUUUGAUCUCUUUUCAGAAAAACAGAGACAGUGACACGGAUAUCAAGACCAGGUUGUUGGACCUUCAUCGCGUGGGGCUUUACCGGAAAAUCACCAGCCCUACCCAUCGAUAUUUUCUGAGUAUUUCCCCACAGGGCGGAACCAUCAGUGAACAAACUCUAGCCAGUACAAACGCAGCGAAAUUUCGAGUCAGAUAUGGUAGUAGCUGUUAGAAAUCACAUAGGAAACAAACUCGAUCCCAGGCCUUUCUUUGCUUUGAAAAUUGAGGCGUAGAACGAUUCUCAUGUGUCCAAACCAUUUUUCCUGGUCUUAUCACGCGGGAAAAGAGAAAUUUCAGUAUUUAUUCCAGCAAAUGACGUCUAGAUUAGUUAACUGCAACGGGAAGUAUUUUAAGAGAUAUUUUAUAAUGCGUCGUGAGAAAGAACUCCAUGUUUUGUUGAAUAUCCCAGUAGCCUUGAACAGCGGCUUGGCAACGCCACCAUUUUGAAAGUGGAGGAAGCCUGGGGCGAGUUUUAUGAUAAAGAAACAAAUUAAAUGCUCUUCUUGUAAGGACGAAGACCCGUUCAAAAUAAUUUUGUAAAAAUAUAUAUGGUAGAAAUAUUUUUGCAAAAAUAAAUGUUACUAGUCGAAACGUAAUAACCGUCAUGCUGAAAUCGGAAAGAGCCGUUCAAUGAAAAACAAAUCGAUUCAUUAAAUUAUUUAUUUUAUUUUAUUCUCAAGAGAUAAAUACUUCCUAAGCAGUUUUGCAAAACCAGACGUUUCGAGCGUAACUUAAUUUAAACAGUUUUAAUUUCUGCUUCAGCAUAACCAGAUACACUAACUUGCAAUCGCCCUGUUCUCUCAGUCCAAGAGGGGCACAUUACAGUACGUAAAAAUAUUCACUUUCGCAGUAGUGGAAGACUGAAACUUAAAAUAAACAGAACUGCAAGAAAGAACAAAUCGCAGUGAAAGUAUGUGAGUCAUGUUAUCUGUUUGUGACAUUCACUUACACACGAAAUACCACACGGAUCUAGAUUUGCUAUUUGGAGGAUAGAUUGCGGAAGCAUGUAUGGAAACAUCACCAAACAGGGUAAAACUUCCCGGUUUUGUGGUCUUCCACGCGGUGACUGGUUUGGUGUCAUAAAUGUAUUGAAUAAACCAAGAUCAAUAAACUUUAUGACUCGACUAGGAACACCACCCCCCGCCCCCUCCACCACCCAGGCUAAACUAGCAAAUAGUAAUUUUGUUUGUCUGACUUUGAAACCGGAUAUUUCGUUUGUAUAGUGAAACGUUUUUUUGUGUGUGCAAUGUUGUUUUGUCGUAAUGAAUCACGCUUCUAUCAAUCAGCCUUAGCGACAUUUCAUUGCAAUGUUUUUCCCAAAACAAUUCAUUUUAACUAACUCCACAUUUCAUUUCCAACAAUUUAACGAUCGAUUAUUUUGAAACGAUUUGAUUUGUUGAUUUGCAUGGCAAAAGUUUAAAAAAGGAGGUGUUGAGAAACGAGGCUAUUUCUUUCUCAAAAUAUUAAUUUAUUAAUUUCAUAUUUAAAUUAUUGAAUUCAUAGCAAUCCGGUGCGAUAAAGAUGUUAUCUAUAAAUUGAAUUUAAUUAAAUGAAAGGUCAUUCCUAUUACAUAAAUGUUCCACGAUAGUUAGGUAAUUAUACGAAAGAUUAAACUAUAUUGAAGAUG